UCUUAUUGUAAACUUAAAAUUAUGAACUCUAAUUUAACAGUGAUGAAAAGCUUCUUCCUCCUUGGAUUCCCUGGCCUUUCUCCAAAGUAUUACAGACCUGUGUCAGCUCUGCUCUUUUUUUUCUAUCUAGCUAUUGCAGUAGGAAAUAUUUUCAUUUUAACAUUUGUUGUGUGUGAAAAGUCGCUGCAAAAACCAACAUAUCUGCUCUUUUGUCACCUAGCAUUGAAUGAUUUAACAUUUGGCACUUUGACUCUCCCGAAGAUCAUUUCAAAAUAUUGGUUUGGUGAUGGAUUUAUUUCAUUUCAUGGGUGCUUUACACAGAUGUUCGUUGUUCAUUAUUUAGGAUCAGUAACUUCUUUCAUGUUGUUGGCAAUGGCUCUUGAUCGUUUUAUCGCAAUAUGUUUUCCGCUGCGUUAUCCUGUCCUAGUCACAAACAACACCAUAACUGUGCUCUGUGGGUUUGCUUGGUUCAUUCCUCUGCCUCUGAUGUUGACCAUUGUACUGCAUACCCUCACUUUACCUUUCUGUAAAUCAAAUGUCAUUGCUCAGUGCUACUGUGACCACAUUUCUAUAACAAGCCAGGCAUGUGGGGAGAAUAUUAAUAUUGUACUGGUCACUGCUCUGUGCAUUGCCAUGUUGUGUCUUUUGGUUCCGCUUGCAUUCAUCUUGUUUUCUUACAUCUUUAUCUGUGUGGUUAUUUUGAAAAUGUCCAAUGCUACCGGACGCAUGAGAACCUUUUCAACUUGUACCUCACAAAUAUUCAUUACAUGCCUCUUUUAUCUUCCCAGGUGUUUUGUUUAUGUCUCUAAUACAGUUGGAUUUUCUUUUAGUUUAGAUGUGCGUAUUUUAAUAGUAUUGUUGUACAGUCUUCUCCCUGCUGCUGUUAAUCCCAUCAUAUAUUGUUUCAGAACUCAAUAUAUCAAACAGCAUUUGAUAAAGAAGAUUAAAACAUCCAGGUUUGGAAUACAGUUAAAUCUGUCCUUCUUAUAACAGACUAGUACCUUGGUCAU